AUGUUGUUACCAAUUUUUCACUUGUUCGCUGCGGGAAUUGAUACGUAUGUGAUGUGGUACGACCAGCAUUACGUGGAAUUACCUGUACACAAUGAACUUCUUAAAGGCUUGCCAUUGAAAUCUCGGUCUAUGUUCUUAACUAUUUGGUGCCUUAUAAUGCAAAUUGCCUACCACACCAUCGCCUUCCUGAACGAUAUAUUCGGAUCAAACGACCCAUCGCCAAAGAAGAAACCUCUGAUACGGUUGAUAAAAGACACGCUCUUCAGUCUCGCAUUUCCGGUUGCAAUAUACGUAUCCGUAGCAUUCUGGAGCCUUUAUGCAGUAGACAAGGACCUAAUAUUCCCAGAUUUUAUAGAGAAAUUGUAUCCGACCUGGAUGAACCAUGUCAUGCACACGACGGUUUCGAUUUUUAUGUUCUUGGAGCUUAUAAUGACAUCCAGAAAUUAUCCAUCAAGAGCUGUUGGUCUUUCAAUGACAUUAGCUUUCACAAAGUUGUAUAUUGCGUGGUACCUGAUGAUUUAUUUUAAAACUGGAGUAUGGAUUUAUCCCAUCUUCGAUACAUUAAACUGGCCUUCGAGGAUUGUUUUCAUUGUUAUUAGUAAUAUUGUGAUUUCAGGUGUCUAUGUUUUUAGUGAAAAAUUAAAUUAUUUGUUAUCGUCUAGUCAACAAGACGCCAAGCUUAAGAAACGCUGA